AUGACAGUUCAUGGACCAUCCCGUCUGACCUUUGAAAGAAACACUCAGAGUCCUUCACAGGAACACGACUCGUACUACAAAUCUAACAACGAGAUCCUCAGUCAAGAAGACGCUCCAAGAAGAGUACAUGGAGCCAAGGAGCGGCGUCUCGCCCCCGGGCCAAGCCAGGCCAGGCGGGCUGCCCGCCCCAUAGCUGCCCCCUCGCCCCGGGGGCCACCGCACCACCAACUCGGGGAUAAGCACCAGGAGCAGCGGGCCGAGGGGCUGCAGCCCCCCCCUCCCUUCCCCGGCCCUGGACCCCAGCCAGACCCGGCGGGCGCUGAGGCGGACCAGCGGCUCCCGCCGCCCUCCCCCGGGGCCGGGCCCAGGCGGCGGGUCGGGUCGGGACGAACCGGUGUGUGUCCCCCACCACCAUCAUCCCGCAACUUUCCCUCCCCGCGGCCACCGGCACCGACUCCGCCGCCGUGCCCGGGCCGGCCGGUGGCCGCCGCCGCCAACGUGCCCCGCACGGCGGAAGCGCCACCCCCGCUCCGCCCGAGCAUCCCCCGCCGCCCCCGCCGGCCUGGGCCCGCGCAGCGGGGAGCGCCGCCGCCCGCCCGGAGCGGGGCGCAGGCCCGGCAGCGGGAGAGGCCGCCGAGCUCGGCCCGGCGCCCCCGGCAGCCCCGGCGGGGACAAUGA